AUGGCCACCUCAUCGUCGCCAGGUAGUAACAGUAACACCUCUGGCUAUAGGAUCUAUGCUUCGUUCUACAACCCGAACCCCGGACCAUAUGAUGAAAUUGGUAAUUGGGUCGAGGCUUACCACCCGUUAGACAACUCAUGGCACAAUGUGGGCCCCAUCCCCGACCUCCUUGAGGGACAUGUCCUUAGGGACUUCGCCAUGGUCGCCGUGGCCCCUGUGGUAUACUUUAUCGGUGGCAGACUCUGCCGUAAGGAUGAUGAUGUAGGAGAGGUAGAUGUUGCGGUGCGCUCGGCUGUGUACUGCCACAAUGCUCAAACACUGGAGUGGUCUCGAUGCGCACCACUUGGCACUCCAAGGUUUGAUUUUGCAUGCACAGUCAGCGAUGGGAGGAUCUAUGUGGCAGGGGGCCAGUCUAGCCUGAAAGGAGCACGUGGGGUCUCGACUGCUGAGGUGUACGAUCCUGGGCUUGAUGUAUGGACCCCACUUCCUAGCAUGAGCACUCUUCGGUACAAGUGCGUCGGGGUGACAUGGCAGGGUAGGGUCCAUGUGGUUGGAGGCUUCACCGAGAGGGGAGGCGAUAUGUCUCCUCUUCCCUCUGACACUGAUAGGAGCUCAGUGGAGGUCUUCGACCCCACUCGUGGAGUCUGGGAAUUGAUAGCUAACAUGUGGCAAUUAGAUGUACCUCCAAAUCAGAUCGUGGCCGUCGGAUCCCGACUCUUCAGCUCUGGUGAUUGCCUAAAUGAAUGGAAGGGACAUAUUGAAGCUUAUGAUGGAAAUCUCAACAUAUGGAACAUGGUAGAUGGCUCUCAACUAGAGUAUUUGUCUUCUCCUAUAUCAAGCCCCUUGGCUAGUGAACCCAUUCAACAAAGUGAAAGGAUUUAUGUGACCAUGGCACCCAUUGGGACCCACUUGUACUUCCUCGCCGGUUAUCGGCUGCCAGAUAGGGACCAUGGAUGCAUGUCUGUGGUCCAUACUUUCGACACAUCAGCCUCUGAGGACCAAUGGAGAAGCUUGGAGCCAGUAGAGGAGUAUGCUUGCAAGGAAUUAUGCAGCCAUUGUAGUGCGAUUCAGGUUUCAUAG